AUGCUCGAGAGGCACAGUCCUGAAUGUGGAAUUGGGGGCGGGGGAACUCGGCCGAUGCCGAUUGCUGGGGAGAUCUGCAAGCGCUUACGCGGAACUUCGAUUCCCGAGUCUGUUCUCGUUUCUGAACCUGCUCUCGAUUCAAUUCUUGAAUUCGACAUACGAUUGCGAUUCAUGACUGUAAUUUUGGUUCCUUGGACCAAUUCUCUCCUGCUGCAUCAACUUUCUUUACUGCACGUUUCUUCAUCUCCUGCAAGGUUAAUCGCAAGGCUGAUUUGCUUGAUGGCAUCAGAAGAACGGAAGCGAAACAGGAAAACAUGCAAGGGAGUUCUAUGA